GCUUCGACCUGAGACUGCUCCAUCACUCAAAGCUUCAGAAAUGGCAGCGAAGCCCCUAAAAAGCAACGAUUCAAAGAAGAGAAAGAGAAUUGCUGGACCCAAAGGAGAGGAAAGAAAAGCCAAUCCCAAGAGAUUGAAAUCACCUUCUACCAAUAAUUCUCAGUCGGGGUCCAAGAAACCAUUCAAAGCAUCCAAACAACCACCAUCUAGGCAGUAUGGAGCUAAGCCUCCGACACAGAAGCACGUACCAGAUACCAAAAAACAACGUCGUUUGCUAGCAAAGGAAUUGGCUGAAGCAAGAAAGAAGAAGAGGAAGAAACACUACACUCUGGAACAAGAGCUUUCAAUCCUGUGGGAGAAGAUGCGACGUCGAGAUAUUGCGAAAGAAGAUAGAUCCAAAUUGGCAAGCGAAGCUCUAGGAAAAAUGAAGGGCAAGAUUCCUGAGAUCGCCAGUUCUCAUGUUUCAUCUCGUGUUCUUCAGACAUGUGUUAAGUACUGUUCACAAGAAGAAAAGAGUGCAGUGUUUAUGGAACUUCAGCCGCAUUUUAUUAGCCUAGCCACAAACACUUAUGCUGUUCAUCUGGUGACGAAGAUGUUAGAUAAUGCAUCCAAAGACCAGCUGUCAGAGUUUAUUUCCUCACUGUACGGGCAUGUUGCGCCUCUGCUUCGACACAUGGUGGGCUCACUUGUUAUUGAACAUGCCUAUGAUGUGGGAAAUGCAAGUCAGAAACAAACUCUACUUAUGGAACUAUACUCUCCCGAACUGCAGUUAUUCAAAGAUCUUGUCUCUAUGAAGGAAACCAGAUUAGUUGAUGUAAUUUCCAAGCUACAGUUGCAAAGGUCUUCUGUUGUACGUCACAUGAGCUCAGUGCUUCAACCAAUUUUGGAGAAAGGAAUAUUAGACCACUCCAUUAUACACAGAACACUAAUGGAGUAUCUGACUGUUGCAGAUCAGUCAUCUGCUGCAGAUGUAAUUCAGCAGUUAUCAGGUCCACUUCUUGUUCGGAUGAUACACACUAGGGAUGGUUCCCGGGUUGGUAUACUAUGCAUCAAACAUGGUAGUGCAAAGGAGAGGAAGAAAAUCAUUAAAGGAAUGAAAGGUCAGUGUGACAAGAUUGCUCGUGACAGAUUUGGGAGUAUGGUUCUUGUCUCCAUUCUUUCAACAGUUGAUGACACGAAACUCUUAUCAAAGAUCAUCGUUCGUGAGCUGGAGGGCAUUCUGAAGGAACUUGUUCUAGAUCAGAAUGGAAGGCGUUCGCUUCUGCAGUUACUUCAUCCAAAUUGUUCUCGCUAUUUAAGCCCAGAUGAUCUCAUGUCCUUAAGUUUGUCUAUCCCCUCUCUCAACACGAAGCAAAAAGAGUCUUCUGAGGUUAAUGAAGCAAGUGAUGAGGAGAAGAGAGACAAUGGUGAGAUCUUAGUUGAGGCAAAUACAGGUAAAAGUGCUGGGAAGAAUUCAGAUGUAAAUGAGGUUGCGAAGAAGGAUCCUUUAACGCGAAGGAGAGAGUUGUUGAUCAAUAGUGGGCUUGCCGAGAAACUCAUUGAUGUAUGCAGUGAGAUGGCAGAAAAUUUGCUAAGGUCAAAGUUUGGCAAGGAAGUGAUCUAUGAGGUAGUAACUGGGGGUGCUGAUGGUGUUCUUCACCCUGCUAUGGAUGAAAAGUUGGAAAAAUUGUAUGAAGUAAUAGCAACUCUUGUAGCAGAACCUAAAUCAGAGGGAGCAGAAGACGACCAUCUCCUUGAAGAUUUUCAUUCUAGCAGGACCAUUAGAAAGCUUAUUCUAGAUUGCCCUAUCUUUGCUUCCAAGUUGUGGGAGAAAGCUCUAAAGGGCAAAUGUGCAAUAUGGGCUCAGGGUCACAGUUGUAAGGUGAUUACUGCAUACCUAGAGGCCUCAGACCUUGCCUUGCGUGAAGCAGCAAAGAAAGAGCUGCAACCCUUAAUUGAUAGUGGCGUUCUUACAUUACCUGCAGUUAAUGAGUCUGCCAAAGCCGAUCAGGACUUCCAUUAAGGAGCAAGAUUGGGAUUAUGUCCAAGCGAACUAAGCAUGAUUGCACUCAUCCAGCCAUUCAGUGUCUUCCAACAUUUGCAACUGCAUCUGAUGAGUUGCUCCAGUUGCAUAAGAUUGGUGAACACUAAAGUUUUGUACUCAAGGUGUAAAAGUAAAUAUUUGACUUAGGAACCCCUUUAAUCUGUUAGAAGGAUAUUGUAAAAUCACUUGGUGCUUAUGAAUCUUGCUUGCUGAUAAUGAAUUUUUUUUCUUUUACAAGCUA